AUGACUAACUCGUUACAACACCUUCCAUGGAGCCCUGAAGAAUUAUAUGUCGGACCUCCGGCCAAGUUGUUGCUCUGCGACGGCCGCGAGUUUUACGGCUACUCCUUUGGUUACGAGGAUCCGGAAUCUGAUAACCCUGAACACCUAAAUACCACAGGAGAGCUCGUGUUUUCCACCUCAAUGUUAGGAUAUGCCGAAUGUGUUACAGAUCCAAACUACUGCGGCCAGAUUUUAGUCCUAACAUACCCAGAAAUUGGAAACAUCGGCGUUCCCGCCGAAGAUUUGGAUGAGUAUGGACUGCUGAAAUCCUUUGAAAGUGAACAAAAGCAUCUGUGCGGCUUGGUAGUGUGUAACUAUACCAUUAAACCCAGUCACUGGCUUUGCGUCUCAACCUUCUCAGACUUUCUAAAGAAGAAAAAGGUACCCGCUAUCUCCGGAGUUGAUACCAGAGCAUUAACCAAGCACCUUAGAACAAAUGGGCCUAUGCUCGGUAGAAUCAUUAUAGGAAAUUCCAAAGUCUAUGGAAGCUCCUAUUUCAACAGUGAUAAUACCAAAUUUUUGAACACAAAAUGCUUCUAUGAUCGAAACACCAAAUCGUUAGCACAAUUAUUGAAUAACUCUGACGAUUUGAACAAAGUAAACGACAGUCUUUUUUUAUAUUCCUUUCAUAGCACAAAUAACCAUAACAGACUCGUUUUAAAAUUCAGAUUUGAUUCCUCAGAGUUUAAUUCGCUAUUGCCUGACUUUAAAAGGCCUGAAUUCUACUCGCUUUACCACAGAAAUUUGUCCUUCAAUAACAUGAAUUUGACCACUGAUUCACUUUCCAAAUUUUUAGCCAAUACUGAUCCUAAUAGUACCGGUAAUCUAAUGUUAUUAGUGGUUGUUGACCUUGGAUUAAAGAAUAGCAUACUCCGUAGUCUCCUCAAUAACUGCCCAAAUAAUGUCAGGGUUCUGAUAGUCCCACAUACCCUGGAUUUCAGUGUCGUCGACUAUGACGGUCUCUUUCUGAGUAACGGACCAGGAAACCCAAACAACUAUUCUGACUUGGUUAAAACCCUAGAACGUUGCCUGACCAAACCGAACCCGAUUUUCGGAAUCUGUCUCGGUAAUUUAGUGCUUGGACUUGCAGCCGGAUAUGAUUGCGUCAAAAUGCAUAGGGGCAAUUACGGAUCUAACCAGCCAUGUAUUGAUCUGAGAACAUACAAGUGCUAUGCAACUACUCAAAGCCAUAUCUAUCAACUCGUCAGACCACAAAAUUCAAAGACAAGCAGAUGGUCAACUUUGUUUGAGAAUGCUAACGAUAACACGCUUGAAGGUCUGGUUAAUCUAGAUUAUCCAUUUUUUGGGGUUCAAUUCCACCCCCUUUCAAAACCCAUCUACUAUAACCCAGAUGACCCAACCAAGUUCCAUGACCUCGAUACUUCCUUCUUAUACAAGGAUUUUUUCACAUGCAUUCUCAAGAAAACACUCAUUCCCAUACACAUUAGGAUGAUAUCAACACAUAUCAGAUGCAAACGAAUACUAUUACUCAGCUCAGGUGGACUGUCAAUAGGACAAGCAGGAGAAUUCGACUACUCAGGAAGUCAAGCUAUAAAGGCAUUGAAGGAAAGUGACGCAAAGAUCAUAUUGGUCAAUCCCAACAUAGCCACUGUACAAACGUCAAAGGGAAUGGCACAUGUCACAUAUUUCUUGCCAAUAACAUUCGAGUAUGUUAAACAGAUUAUCGAGAAGGAAAAACCUGAUGGAAUCAUGUGUGCAUUUGGAGGCCAAACGGGUCUAAACGUUGGAAUUGAACUCUACGAAAGUGGUGUACUAAGAGACAACAACUGCGAAAUUUUAGGAACUAGCAUAAAGACGAUAAUUGACACUGAGGACAGGUAUUUAUUUAACAAGAAAAUGACAGAGAUUGGUGAACGUUGCGCACCUAGUAAGGAGUGUACUAGCGUAAACGAGUGUGUGAUGGUUGCAAAGAACCUUGGUUACCCUGUUCUGAUACGUGGAAAUUUUGAAUUGGGUGGAUUUGGUUCUGGAUUUGCAAAUAAUGAGGCUGAAUUGUUAGAAAUUGUGAACAGGCUCUUUCACAGUAAUCGAUGCAAAACAUCCCUGAAAGAUACAUGUGUUCACAUUGAUAAGUCAUUGAAGGGUUGGAAGGAGAUCGAGUUUGAGGUUUUGCGUGACAAUAACGACAACUGUGUGUGCGCUGCAAGUAUGGAAAAUUUUGAUCCUCUAGGAGUCCACACCGGUGACUCCAUAGUCGUAGCUCCAGCUCAAACGCUAAGCGCAUCAGAAUGCUCCCACUUGCGUCAGGUAGCAUUUAACGUUGUCCGCCACCUCGACCUGGUAGGCGAAUGUAACAUACAAUUUGCUGUCAAUCCCUACAAAUUUGAGUACUUUAUAGUUGAGCUGAACGCAAGGUUGAGCAGAAGCAGUGCAUUGGCUUCAAAGGCUACAGGAUAUCCACUAGCAUAUAUGGCAGCGAAAAUAGCCCUGGGGUAUGAUCUGGUCCAGAUGAGAAACAGCAUUACACUCUGUACUACAGCAUGCUUUGAACCUUCACUUGACUAUGUCGUAGUAAAAAUGCCCAGAUGGGACUUGCGCAAGUUUGAAAACGCUAAUAAUACGAUAGGUACCUCUACACCACCCCAUCUUACAUAUAUACUUGGUUAUAUACUCAACCAUAGUUAUGGAAGUAGUAUGAAAUCUGUGGGUGAAGUAAUGGGAAUUGGAAAGACGUUUGAAGAGACGAUGCAGAAGUCGCUGAGAAUGGUAUCCGACAGUAUUCUAGGAUUUUGUUCAUAUUCAGUCGAGGAUUUCUCCAAGGAACAAGUGUUAAAAAUUCUUGCAAACCCAACGCCCGAACGUGUCUUUGCAAUUUACAGAGCAUUUGAAUUGGGAAUAACAGUAAAGGAAAUAAACGAACAUACCUGGAUAGAUAAUUGGUUCCUGAACCGUCUGUACAAUAUUUACCUCUGCAGUGAAAGGUUGAAGAAACUCCCCAGAAAGGAGGAAUUGACACACAGUCAGUUGUUGUACUACAAGGUCCUAGGGUUUUCAGACCGUCAGAUGUCACUUCUAAUAAACAACAAGGGGACUGUUGUUAACUUGGUCAACAAAUCCGAGCUGGAAAAGUACGAAACCGAAUUCAGAGAUUACAGGCUGAAGUUGAAUGUUAUGCCUAAGGUUAAUAUCAUUGACACCCUGGCAGCCGAAUAUCCAGUUGUCACAAACUAUUGCUACAUGACCUAUAACUCAACAGAACACGAUAUACGCCCAUUAAACGAUAAAUUGUACUCCAAGAUUUCCCUGGAUACUUUAGAUAGAGAUAGCUCAAGGUCCCCUUCUUCCAGAUACAGAGAUGAUAAAUCAUCCCCAUUCAACAAGGAAAAAUAUGAACGGAAAACUCUAGAUAAAGAUAGCAUUAUUGUACUCGGCUGUGGUCCCUAUAGGAUUGGAAGCAGCAUAGAGUUCGACUGGAGCGCAGUUGGAUGCAUUAAAACACUCCGAAGGCUAGGCUUCUUCUCAAUAAUCGUGAAUUGUAACCCAGAAACUGUAUCUACUGAUUUUGACGUAUCAGACCGUCUGUACUUUGAGGAACUCUCUUUGGAAAUUGUCGAUGAAAUUUACAGAUUUGAGUUUCCUCAGGGAAUAAUACUAUCAGUAGGAGGCCAAACCGCCAACAACCUUGCCAUUAAAUUGGACGAGUUGGGAUUGAAUAUACUAGGAACGCCAGUCAGUUCUAUUGAUAAGUGCGAGUGCAGGAACAAAUUUGGAGACAUUUGCGAUAUGCUAGGUAUUGACCAGCCAAGUUGGGAAGAGUUUACAUGUGUGGAUGCCGCAAAAAAAUUCUCCAACAAAGUUGGGUUCCCAGUACUAGCAAGACCCUCAUACGUCUUAUCUGGAGCUUCAAUGAAGGUUAUCUCAUCACACAAAGAACUUGAAUCGUUUCUACAAACGAGUGCGAUUGUUAACAGGUCCCAUCCAGUUGUUAUAACGAAGUUUAUCGAGAACGCGAAGGAAGUUGAGAUGGACUGCGUGGCAAAAGACGGAGUGAUCGUUAACUACGCUAUUUCUGAGCAUGUGGAGAAUGCAGGAACUCACAGCGGCGACGCAACUUUGAUUAUUCCUGCUCAGAACAUAUUCGUUGACACUCACAGGCGCGUCAAGAAGAUCACACAGAAGCUUUCAAAGUACUUAAACAUCACAGGACCAUUCAACGUUCAGUUCAUGUGCAAAAACAACAAAAUCAAGGUCAUUGAGUGUAACCUUAGGGCCAGCAGGACUUUUCCCCUAAUCACAAAUACACUCAACAUCAACUUCAUUGAACUCGCCACCAGGGUCAUGGUUAAUGCUCCCUUCAGAGUUGAGAACGUACAACUCAUGGACCUGGAUUACGUCGCAGUCAAGAUGCCUCUUUUCUCAUUUGACAGGCUUUACCCUGCAGAUCCAUUACUAGGAGUUGAAAUGAAAUCCACUGGAGAGAUAGCGUCAUUUGGUUACAAUAAAUAUGAAGCAUUGUUGAAAGCAAUGACUGCAAGUGGAAUGAAGAUUCCAGAGAGGGGGGUUCUCUUAUCACUGGGAAGCACAGUGAACAAGUUCAUUUUUUCGAGGAAAAUCAAGGGUUUGCUAUCACUAGGACUAGACGUCUAUGCUACCGAGGGCACUUACGACUACAUUAGGAAGCUUUGGGACUCUGAGCGGUUGUUCUACAACGAAGAACACGAACUUGAUAGGCAAUUUAUGACCAAGUUGAACCUCGACGACUUCGAGUUUGACUUUGAACCAACUAAUAUGGGAGAAUUUAAGAAGGUCUUCAAGCCUACUGUUCAGGGCAAUUCAACUGGAACACCAGAUGUUUAUGAACUAAUCAGCAACCGGAAAGUUGAUUUACUUAUCAAUGUCAGCGACUCCAUCAACACCAAUUAUACCACUGGCGGAUACAUGAUGAGAAGAGCCUUUGUAGACGCCAAAAUCAGCCUAAUCACCACUACAAAACUGGCCACUUUAGUAAUCGACGCCAUGCUGUACAGAAAAUCCAGACUUUCCAAGGGCAAGGAUUUCAUACACAUCAAAUCACAUCAAGAGUAUUUGUCAGAAAACUGUUAA